AUGCCCAUCUUGAAGCGACAGGGUAGCAUCCUCCGUCUAAACCGUCUAUCUGUGGCAAUAUCGACUACAUUAACAAGCGUCAUCGAAAGGGUCCAAGCACAGAAAUCUGACCAUUCAACAUCCCAUCUUACAAUUCCAGUCCAAGACCAUAGAUUCUCGGGCGACAGUUCUCUAUCCAGCAUUCGAGCGCUCAGAACCGAUGCAGAAAUUGGGGACGGGCUGUGGAUUUGCUGCCAUUGCCGCCACGAAAAUAUCCUUCGCCACUACAAGGGCCGCUUUCCAUUCCAGUACCUUCGCUGCGAUCGUUGCAAUCGCACAUUGUGCCCAGAAUGUCAUGCUUCCGAGAUCCUCUCGCCCUUGCCAUAUGGCAUGAUCUGUGCCCCCCGACCAGCUGGCGGUCGCGACGUCCGCUAUUGCCACGUCUGUUCCGCUUGUGGAUUGAGCCACCGCGCGGAAAUGGGGGAAGGGGCAGUACUUGACUUUUACGGCGUGACAUGCGCCGGCUGCGGUACCUCAUCUUACGGUGACUGGCCGCGAUAUCAUAUUGGAAACAACGAACCGUACAGGAGAGACCCAGAUGCAACAUUUGCCAAACUCGUCGAUCAAAAGGCCGACGAUGCUGCGAGAGUGGCUUUUCAUUGGGUCAUUGCUAAUCCAGAGUCCGAGUCAAAUUCGGCCUUCUAAAAAGCCUUUCGGAUCUGGGAUGAAGAUAUUGGGAAGGUGGGUGGGUUUUCUGGAUACGGGGUUCGACCAUAGUCCAUGCGGAACCAAAAUGUUGAUUUGUUACAAACAUACAGGAGUGGCGACCUUGAAGUAUAUUUUAGUGUAGUAUUGGGAAGAAAAUGUAAGGUAAAAUUUCCUCUACCAUGCACCAGUCUUCAAAGCUUUGGGUCCUUUGACACAGGACUCAGUCUGUGAUCGGUUGGUAAAAUCCCAUCACUACCACCACUAGCCUCGAUUUUGCUUCCAAAUAUUAAGUUGUCGUAUCCCAGCAUGACUUUCAGCGUACCAUCCAUGAAUUUCGGGCCAUCAUCUGUCGAG